CACUAAUUAACCCCAGCCCGUGACAGUUCACACUAAUUAGCCCCACUCAGUGACGUCAGGAAAGGAUUUAAGGCGAAGACAGAGCGAGCACUGACUUGUUUCCUGUUGAGUCUCCUGUGAGAGAAGCAUCCUCCUAGUCUUCAUCCUGAUCCUGGUCGGUUGUCCAUGUCCAGGCCGCAGAAGGUUGGUGCCGUUCAAUGACCUGCCAGCCCUACGAGUCCCCGGACGCCGUCGAAACCAACACGGGAGGUGCAGCUGCUGCCUGGGGAGGACUGGCUAGUGACGAGAGCCGCCUCUCUUUGGCCAUGAAGGAGCUGAAAAGCGCAGGCUGGUACUGGGGAAACCUGAGCGCCAACGAGGCCAAAGAGAUCCUGCGGGACGCUGCCGAGGGAACCUUCCUGGUGCGGGACAGCUCUCAAAGCAACUACCUGUUCACCAUCUCCGCCGUGACGUCGGCGGGUCCCACCAACCUCCGCAUCGAGUACGACCAGGGCAAGUUCAAGCUGGACUCUGUGCUCCUGGUCAGGCCCAGACUCAAGCAGUUUGACAGCGUGGUCCACCUGGUGGACCACUACUUCCGCAUGUCCCUGGUCAGCCACAAGACUCCGCCCUCCACGCCGUCGAGCAGCACGGUGCCGCUGCUCCUCACCCGGCCCGCUUACGCCGCCAUCACGCCGCUACAGCACCUGUGUCGCGUCACCAUCAACAGACACACCAGGCGGGUCCGGGACCUGCCCUUACCAAACAGGCUGAAGGACUACGUGGCGGACUACGCCUACCACGUGUGACGCCAUCGGCCGACUGUUUCUGAGGCUGCAAGGAGACCAAAAACGUCACAUGAUCACGGUGCCGACGUCCAUUCCACAGCGUUUUUCCCACGCGCGCCCUUUUCCUGUCUGGUGCAGGUGGAAGAACCGAUGACUUUUAUGAAACCCAAACGAGUGUGUGCCACAGAUGGCCGCCGUUGUUGCGUGUCUGGAGGAGUGCACAAGAGAAUGCUGACCUCUGACCUCAUGCACAAAUUGUGAUUAUUUGAUAUUUAAUUAAAGAAGUUGACUAUA